CAUUUUCCACAAACAAACAAAACAAAAUUGGAUUGGAUUGGUCUAAGCAGAUUCGCUGUUGGUGAAGUUUCGCUGCACUGAGCGUUUGUAAAUCUGCGUCGUGGUGCUAAAGGCACAGCUAAGGUUAGUCAGCUGAUUCAUUCACAUGACAAACCCGUUUAGCUUCGGUCCCGUUUACCGGUGCUGUGCAAGUACACAAGAGAAUUGUUUCCAUACGACGGAAACCAUCCUAUUAAAGUUAGUUUGGGGUCUACACGCAGAAGACGGAUGAGUGAGGAUAUCGGACGGUCCACAAACAGCUAACUAUGCUACUAAAAACACACUGAGUCCACACAAAGAGGAGCAGCCAGGGUUAGCUACGCGGCUUCAACACUGUUGAUGUGCUGUUCACUCCUGUAGAUUUUCUGUUUUCACUUCCUCUAGGAACUUGCUCAUAGCUUCCAAAAUGAAUCCAGAGGGGAAGAGGCUUUUAAACAUUGUUAUCCUAGGAUUCGGCUUUAUGUUCAUGUUCACAGCUUUUCAAACAUGUGGCAAUAUAGAGCAAACGGUUAUCAAGAGCUUCAAUAGCACUGAGUUCCAUGGAAGCGGGUAUACGAGUAUGGCCAUCAUCUAUGGAGUUUUCUCUGCAUCCAACCUGAUCGCUCCUUCAGUGGUGGCUGUCAUUGGACCACAGCUAUCAAUGUUCUUUAGUGGGCUUUUGUACAGCGGCUACAUCGCCAUGUUCAUUUACCCGUACACAUGGAGCUUCUACACAGCGUCUGUGUUGGUUGGAAUUGGAGCAGCGGUGCUCUGGACGGCUCAGGGAAAUGUGCUCACCAUCAACUCCAAUGACACCACCAUCGGAAGAAACAGUGGCAUAUUCUGGGCGCUGCUGCAAUUCAGCUUGUUCUUUGGAAAUCUCUACAUAUACUGUGCCUGGCACGGACACGUCCACAUAACAGACAAAGACCGUCAGACGGUGUUCAUCUCUCUCACGGUGAUCAGUCUGGUUGGCUGCUUCCUCUUCUUUCUGAUCCGGAAGCCUGACCCUGAAUCCUCUCCCGCCGAGGUGUCAGAGUCCCUGCUGCAGGCCGAAUCCACAGAGAGCUCCACAGCUAGCUCAUCUCAAUCAGGCCUCUGCUCACAGGCUCUGAAUGCUUUUGUCCAAGCGUGCAAAAUAUUUGUCACCAAAGAGAUGAUGCUGCUGAGCAUCUCCAUAGGAUACACAGGCUUGGAGCUCACCUUCUACAGCGGGGUGUACGGGACGUGUAUUGGAUCGAUGACCCGGUUUGGCCAAGAUGCAAAGAGUUUGAUCGGUAUCUCUGGGAUCUGCAUCGGCAUAGGCGAGAUCUUAGGAGGGGGCGUGUUUGGGAUGCUGAACAAGUGCAACCGGUUUGGUAGGAACCCAGUGGUGCUGCUGGGGCUCAUCACUCACUUUGUUGCCUUUUACCUGAUUUUCCUGAACAUUGCGAGCGAUGCUCCUCUGGCCCCGGAGGCAGGAACAGAUCUGCAGGCCUACAUCAGCCCCAGUGUCAGCGUGGCGUUGCUCUGCAGCUUCCUGCUCGGUCUGGGCGACAGCUGCUUCAACACUCAGCUUCUCAGCAUCAUUGGCUUCAUGUUCCGUGACAAUAGCGCUCCCGCCUUCGCCGUGUUCAAGUUCAUCCAGUCCAUCAUGGCCGCUUUGGCCUUCUUCUACAGUAACUACCUGCUGCUGCACUGGCAGCUGCUCAUCCUGGUGCUGGCCGGUUUUCUGGGCUCGAUGAUGUUCUUCGUGGCCGAGUGGAUGGCGGAGUCCAGCAGGCGGGAAUCAGACUACGACAGCAUCUGAUCUGGUUCCGGUGAGGAUGUGGAGGGCACAGCUGGAGAUGUUUUGCUCUCCACAGCUGGAAAAAUCAGCCAGGGAUGAUGAAGGUAUCCUCUGCUAACAGAGACUGACACUGUGGUAUGUUUAGUUUAUAUGGAGCCACCCGGUCUGUACGGAGCCUGGCAGUGGCUGCAGGAGAACCAAAUCUUGAUCUCAACAUUUUUCUAUACUAAAUCUAAAGGCAUGGGGAGGUAUUGUGUGCACACCAGAUAUACCUCAUUUAGUUUCAUUCAUGGCCUGUCUUUCAUCGUGUUGUGCACACAAUAUGGUAAUCGAUCUAAACUAAAUAUGAAAAUAUACAUGGCAUGAUGAGUAGAGAUUUCUUAAUAAAGUAUCAAGCACUUUUGAUUCAAGGCCUGUCAGCUAUGAUAUAAAAUAACGGUAAUGGGCCCACGGCUAGUGCCUGUACAGAGAGCUCCUGAGGAGUAACACUGACUAUAUCAUGAAUCAGCUGCUGGUUUUAAUGUUUUCAGUUGGUGCAGCUGCUCUGGCUGCAUGUGUAGACUUACAUGAUAACUCCGGCAUUUUUGUACCUGGGCCUUAUUUUCUAUGUUUUUGAGUGUAACUAUUGACAAAAUAUCCUUUUUUUUUUUUCUAAGCAGAAACAGUCAUUAUGUCCCUACGUUUCAAAGACACCAGACUCCAUUGUGUGACUUUCAGUGGUGGAGGAACUAUUCAGACCCUUCAGUUAAUGUACCACACAAAAUACACAAACAAACGAAUUGUGGCAGCGGUAGACCAGCAACUUCUGCGAGGUAAAAUGUUUUUAUCAAGGAGCCUGGUGGCUUUGAACGUAGCGAUAUAACAGCUGUUCCAUGUUUAAAAAAGGAUCUUACUCUUAAACACAAAAGUCUAUCUCUGAAGGAAUCCAUAAUGUUGUCAGACAACAAUCUGAACCUGUCAGUCCCAAAAGAAGAACUUUAGUGGAUGUAUUUUGAUGUGAACAGCUGCACCAUUUUUAUUACAUUGCAACAGCUGUUUGUCUUGGUCAAUAGUAGACUGAAUGCAAAGAUAUUUAUCCCUAACAAUCCUUUACACCCAAAAAUGUGAGGAAAAUAAGCCCCAGGUUAAAGAAAAAUCCUGUAAGUUAUCCUUUAAAAGGAGAAAUGUGGUGUUUUCUUCUAUUCUAUAUUUUUCUUUUUCUCAACAACUCCCAUGAAAAGACCAAAAUCAACAGUGAGUGAGUUCCAUUAACAAGCGUCAGAGCGUGAAAUAGCUGAUUCCUCUGAGCCACAGAGCUCCACUGUUUUCAAACACUAUUAAAACACAUCAGUGAGCCUCACUGUUGCACUGGGUGACAUUUUUCUUCAUCACCAAUGAACACACACACUCUAGUUUAUUUUCACUGAGUCCCACACACACUGUCCUGCUGCCCCACAUAAUACAAACAUGAAACUUUGUUUUUGUGAGGUGUUUUUAAAGAUUUACGUCUUCAGUAGGAACCAAUGGGCUCAGAGCUGAGAGACACGUUAUUGGUUUUUCUCUUUUCAUGGGAUUUGAAGACAUUUGAAAUAGAAUAACGCCAGGCUGAUCUUUCCGCUCUGUUGUGGGACCUCUCCUGCACUCACAGGGGCAUGUCAUGUGCACAAAUUCAACUUUGAAAUACUGACAGAAAAGCCACUCCUGGGCUCCAUACGUCUGCGUUCUUCCCUCUAAAGUGCAAAAGGAAACUGUCAAAGACUGUGAUUUAGUCAUGUUGUGUAUCCACUGCUUUACUCUACAGUCUGUCCCACAUGUUUAGCUGCAGUCGCGACGUAAUCACAACCUCAAACUUUUACAACAGAUAUUCUGCAAUCGCAAGUCGUUGAGAUUGAUUGACUUUGAUUUAAAGACAUUACAGCAUCUGGGAGUGGAGCAGUUUAAAGGGAAACAUUAUCAAGAAUCUUUUUUUUUUUUUUUUUUUUUUGAGUGUGAAAUCCAUUUUCACUCUCACUCUUUAGCUAUGCCAUUCUUCUUCUUUUGAUACACUCAUCAUACACCAAGUGCUACAUAAUUGGUUUAGCUAUAAUAAGAUCCAGAUCGUCUUGAGGACAACCCAUGACUCCAAGAAACUUCUCAUAAUUACAAGUGGGUGACUUCAUUUAGUUCAGAUGAAAUUAAUGGAGGCUGUUUGGUUUGUGCAACAAAGAAAGAAAAAAAAAUGAGUCCUUUUCUUUUCUUUGCUGCUUUUUCUCACCUCUUUAAACUCUUAACCCUCUUUAAGGUGGAUUAAAGGGGUUACUCCAGUAACAGAAUGGUCAAAAGUGAAGCAGCAGACAGGUCAAGAUCCAAAAUUCCCAAUAAUGCACCUAGGUAGUGUCAUUUCUGAAACCCUCCCUGCCUGGUAAAUGUCUACGUCUUUCAAACUCCACACAACCAGUUUGCAAAACGGGCUUUCUCUUAAAGGUACCCUGAAGAGUUUUCAAGCCAUGUUUGUACGACAGGCUCUAUGUUGUAUCAUACAGUGUAUAUGUGAGCACACAGGUGCCAACAAAGAUAGUGUAGUGGAUGACUGCAAGCAAGCAAACAUGGAUGUUAGCGGUGCACAAUUUUAAAACAUUACAAAAUCAGCUUUUCAAAUGUUUUCAUGAGGGAUGUAGACAGGUCAGAAACACUGAACCUAAAUAUUACUUUUGUUUACAAAAAAAAAAAACUCCACGGGGAACCUUUAAGGAUUUAUAGUCCACACUGAGACGACCCUGAGCCAUUAAGGACUUUAUGUAUGAACUGUUGAACAUGACUAGUAAAUGAAUGUUGAUUUGUAAAAUCAGUGGAGUGUCCUUUUAACAUGGUGAACUAUCUGCGUACGUAUGGUCAAACAAAACUGCCACACUCCUAUCUUAAUACCUUGCUACCAUGCUUCCAACAUGACACACCCUCCUGAAUUAAGUUACCAAAGAUCUUUACUCAGUUUUUACAUUUACUUUAGAACAAACUAUGGACCUUUACUUUUCUGUCUCGCAGUUUCUUUACAAUGAGCAUUACAGCGUCACAGAGCUUGUCCUUUUCUUUUUAACUACCAUCAUUGUUGGCCAUUGAGAAACCAUUCUCCUCAAAUUAUUUCAAACUGAUUGGUUCCGAACCAACGCAGCGCUAAAUAUGGGCCUUUAGAUAUGUCGUCUUUUCCUGACAGCUUUAUGUAAUGUUGUGGUUGGAAAGGGCAACACAGAGCUGCAUCUCAUAAGCUGUAGUUUUUUCCCUUUCGAUUAAAGAGUCAAUUUAUGCAUUACAGUUCAUAUUCUAGGUAAUUUAUUGCCAAAUAAAAUAUGAGGGGGUGGGUUUACUGAAGUUUUGUUUCAUAUUGCGACUGAAAUAGAUGCAAUCAAUCUCAAGGAUAUUAAGGGAAAUGCAUGUGUACUUUGAAGAUGAUUUUAUACUUGAAUGUGGUAAUUAAGAAUGGCACCUGAACCUUCGCUUGCUUGUUUUUAUUAUCAAUAAAAUGUUAUUUUCAACAUUA